AUGUCCGGACUAGAGCUACGCAUAUCAGGGCGCUCCGUUUGGGCGGCGACCUUGCUGCUCCACUUCUUGCUGCUGGCUUCAGGUGUUGAUGGUUUUGGCAUGAAUCUGAUGACGGUUCCCAACAACGACAAGUCACAGGGAGCCUGCAUCCUAGCCCUGCUCCGAAAGUACUUCGACUCCGGGGACGGUCUCUCGGGCUCGGUGCUCUGUAUCAGCCGCAACUACCAGCUGCACAAUGUUCAGGAGCGGCUGCUCAGUGGCAUGAACUUGUAUGACGGAUAUCCCUGGACCCUGCUGGUCACGAAUCCCAGGGAGGGGUCCCCAUCCUCUGAAUUCGUGAUGCACGAGAAGCCGCAGUGCUAUUUCCUGAUUGUGGAGAAUCUCGAGGACGAGGAUCUGGACGAAGUGUUUGACUACUGGAAGGGCAUGCUGAACUGGAAUCCACUCGCGCAGUUCGUGGUCUACCUGGCCGCGGUGGAGGAGACCGACGAGGAGAUGACAGACCUGAUGGUGGAGCUGCUUCUCACGUUCAUGAACAAGAAAAUCUUUAACGUGAACGUGAUUGGGCAGAGCGAGGAGAACGAGUUCUACUACGGCAAGAGCGUCUUUCCCUAUCAUCCGGACAACAAUUGCGGAAACCGAGUAAUAGCCGUGGAGCUGCUCGAUGCCUGCGACUAUCCGAGUGACCACAGAGGCGAUAACGAUGGGGACGGUGACUAUGAGGAAGAAGACGAUAGUGAAAGCGAAAACGAAAACGAAAACGAAGAGGAUAGCAGCAAGGAAGAUCAAUUUGAUCGAUCGUCGGAAGGUCCCAAGGCAGAUGAGAGUGGCAAUGAAGAUCCACCUGCUAAAUCAACUGAGAGUAAUAAUGAGGACCCAUCUGGUCAAUCAACGGAUAGUAAAAAUCAAUCGGAAGAUCAAUCAGAGCAUUCAACUGAGAGUGACGAGCGGCACAGGUCUCCCAAUGUCACACCCAAAAUAGAGGCUACCAUCGAAGAGUUCUUUCGAGCAAAGUUUGAGGAUAAGUUUCCACGCGACCUGAGCGGAUGUCCGCUGACGGCCGCCUUUCGGCCCUGGGAGCCCUACAUCUUCCGCAGCGGCGAGGAGCCUGUAGAGGACUACUACUACGGUACACAGGGAGACGGCGACUAUAAUGAGACUACCAGUUAUGGGGAUUCAGGAGAUGAAAGCUACGCGGAUGUAGAAGCAGCGGACACCACCGGCAUCCUGGAGGCAGACGGCGGGGCGGAUGGGUCCAAGUCCCAGCUCAGUGGAAUUGAGUACCAGAUGGUGCAGACCAUUGCGGAGCGCUUAAAUGUACACAUCGAUAUGCAGGCGGAGAACAGCAACCUAUACCAUCUGUUCCAGCAGCUAAUCGACGGCGAAAUCGAGAUGAUUGUGGGUGGCAUCGAUGAGGACCCCAGCAUUAGCCAGUUUGUGUCCAGCUCCAUUCCUUACCACCAGGACGACCUCACCUGGUGUGUGGCACGGGCCAAGCGCAAGCACGGGUUCUUCAACUUCGUGGCCAACUUUAAUGCGGACACAGGCUUCCUGCUCCUGCUCUUCAUUGUCACCUGCUCCUUCAUGGUGCUGAUGGCGCAGCGCGUCACUGGCUUCCGCCUACGGAAUCUCAAUAAUUAUUUCGCCAUUUGCCUGCGGAUGCUGGGGAUUCUCUUGACCCAGGCCAUGCCCGCCCAGACGCUUUCUUUGGUUCUGAGGCAGCUCUUUGCGCUGUCCUUUCUGAUGGGCUUCUUCUUCAGCAACACCUAUCAGAGCUUCCUCAUAAGCACGCUCACCACUCCGCGCAGCUCGCAUCAGAUCCAGUCUCUGGAGGAGAUCUACAGCCAUCGCAUGACCAUCAUGGGCAGCUCAGAGAACGUUCGCCAUCUGAACAAGGAUGGAGAGAUCUUCAAGUAUAUUCGUGAAAAGUUCCAGAUGUGCUACAAUAUCGUGGACUGCCUCAAUGAUGCUGCAAACAAUGAACAUAUCGCCGUGGCUGUCUCCCGGCUGCACUCCUUCUACAAUCCACGCAUCCAGCGCGAUCGCCUAUUCUGCUUCGACCGCCGGGAGUCCCUCUACGUCUACUUGGUCACCAUGCUGCUUCCCAAGAAGUACCAUUUACUGCACCAGAUCAAUCCGGUCAUCCAGCACAUCAUCGAGUCGGGCCACAUGCAGAAGUGGGCCCGCGAUCUGGACAGGAGGCGCAUGAUCCACGAGGAGAUCAACCGCGUACGGGAGGAUCCCUUCAAGGCCCUGACUCUGGCUCAGUUCCAUGGGGCGUUCGCCUUCUCCAGUGGCCUUCUGCUGAUCUCCUUCAGCGUCUUUCUCAUAGAGUGGGCAUUGGUGAAGUGUUAUUAUAGAGCGCGUGGAUGA